CACGACAGCCACCUGCAACCGCUUCUUGACCACAUCCGCAAGCGCAAUCAAACACCCAGCUUUCUCUUCUCAAUCACGAGAAAAUGACUGGACGUGGAGGAGGCCGCGGUGGUGGAAAAGUGCUUCUCCCACCUAUCAACUUCAUCUUCAAGCUUCUGCAGUCGCGCGCAACCAUCUCAGUAUGGCUCUACGAGAACCUGGGAAUGCGCAUCGAGGGAAAGCUGAGAGGAUUUGACGAGUUCAUGAACCUUGUGAUUGACGACGCGGUCGAGGUGACCCUCGCCAAUGCGAAGAAAGAGACGCCCGAGGAGAGGCGCAGCAUUGGCCAAAUCCUGCUCAAGGGCGACAACAUCUCCCUCAUCCAACAGCUACAAUAAGCUACAACGGAAGACGACUCGACUCGAGGAAGCACGUUGCGAUACCCAUGAAAUACUCAAAAUGAAAAGCGGCUGAUCUGGGUUGUGAUUCGAUAUGAUGGGCUAUUUUGAAAAGGCAGAAGGGCAUUGAAGCGCUUCAAGCACUCGCGCGGUGGAGGACGCCAUCACCCGUCACCAAGGCGUCAAGGCGAUAAUCGGACGUGUCCAUUGGGACCGAUUCAUUCGGUGGAAGCAACUGCUCGGUCAAUGCGAGACCGACUUGACGUGGUUAGUUAGCCCUCGGCAUACGCAAUACCAGUAGUUCUUACCGCGAAAAGGCAU